AUGCCGAGCGCGAAAGAAUCCGGGAUUUAUCCAGGUGGGCCGUGGUCAAAACCCGGGAUUUCCCCGCCAUCCAGCCCAUUAACAAUCGAUCAAAAUAGGUACUAUUGCACUCUAGCUCGAUCAGCAACACCUGUAUCGGAUGCGGAGAAUACCAGGAGUAAAGACGAUGCUCCACAGGGUGACGCGCAGCCGUCGGAAAGUGAUCUUUCCACCGAUAUCACCCUCACGGCCCUGGCCCAGCUUGGAGUGCUCCGGUUACGAUGUAAUCGCUCCUUUGUUUCCAUUAUCGACGGCGACAAUCAGCAUAUAAUAGCCGAAGCGACCGGAUCGAUUUCGCUCCGACACAAGGACAUGCAUCUCCCAGACGAUGGCAUUUAUCUCGGCGCGCGCACGUUGGACUUGGUCUGGGGAGUGUGCCCCCAUACGAUCAAGCUCUUCACCGGUCAAGAUCCAUCGUAUGCGAUAGAGACCGACAACGUGAUUGCGAACAGAUCUCGCUAUAUUAUUCGUGAUUUUACCAAGGAGGACUGCUUCAAGGAUCGGCCCUAUGUCCGCGAAUGGCCCCAUAUGCGAUUCUAUGCCGAGGUUCCCCUGGUGAGCCCCUGUGGAUUCGUCCUUGGCUCCUACUGUGUGGUUGACGACAAACCUCGGACGGAAUUUGGGGACCAUGAAGUCAAUCUACUGCAAGAGAUUGCAGAUGCGAUCGCACAGCAUCUGGAAAAUGUCCGCAUUGCCCACUGCCAUCGACGAUCCGAACAUCUGGUCAGAGGAUUGACCAAUUUUGUGAAAGACUAUGCAGGCUUCGACCCACGGGAGGUUUCAAACGAUCACCGUCUUCAGUCAACUGCGGAUCUUGCAGGUACCACCACGUCCAAUCAAGCCAAGUACAAUGGCGAUCACUCGGAUAAUGGCGAAAAGUCAACACCGGACCUCAGCCUUGUGACGUCAACAUCCACCAGCCUCACAGGAGAACUAUCGCCUCGAUUUUUCGUCGGGCCGGCUUCUGGGCCAACAGAGCCAUCGUCACUCAACUCGAACCUUUCAGAUCAUCGGAUUACCCCGGGCGAGGAGAAGAGCCUCGAGGAAGUUCUGAAAGUUGACCAGGAAAGGCCAGAAGCCUUUCCUCACAAUGCUUCUCAGGUUUCACUCGAAGAUAGUGUACCGCUAGCAGAUCGCAUUACAGCCAUUUUCUCCCGGGCAAGUGUUCUGCUGCGAGAAUCAAUGGACCUAGAGGGAGUUAUAUUCUUCGAUGCAGCGCGCAAUAAUCCUUCCUUUCUACCCACUGAUGAGCAUGAGAGAUGGGAGCCUCUUCCAAAGACGGCAGCCCCCGAGUUCCCCAUGGCUCCAUGUCCUAGCCCCCUAGGCCUGUCCGAUCGGACAUCCAUGGAUUCCGAAAACGAUUGCGAUGUAUUAAGCAUAUCAUUGAAGAAAUCCCAGAAGAAGAACCCAGACCCACAAUCUGAUUUUGUGAUGCGGGAAGAACUGCUUGGUCUGCUUGUCCAUCAUUUCCCGCAAGGACAAAUUUUCAACCUGAGUAAGUCGGAUGACAGUGAUGCUUACAUUUCAUACGAUAGCGGAUCCAAUGAUCCGCAAGUGCAGCUCGAGAUUCUGCGAGAUAUCUCUGCGAGGCUUCGGGGUCUUAUUCCAGAUGCGAAGUCGAUCGCCUUCUUUCCUUUGUGGGAUUAUCAUAGAUCAAGAUGGCUAGCCGGAACGCUGGUCUGGAGCCGGGAUAGCCACCGAGCUCUUGGGAUAGAAGAAUUGCACUAUUUCAAAAUCUUUGGUGACUCCAUUGUUUCUGAGGUCUCACGGGCAUACUGGACUGUUACCGAAAAGUCCAAAUUUGACUUCAUUUCCUCUGUCAGUCACGAGCUUCGUUCUCCGCUCCACGGGAUUCUAGCUAGUGCCGAGUUAUUGCAAACCACAUCUCUCGAUUCCACUCAAAAAGACAUGGUCAACAUGAUCGAGACAUCUGGCUUGACUCUUCUGGAUACAACAGAUUAUUUAUUGGAGUUUUGCAAGAUUAACAAUUUCACCCAAGUCAAAAAGUCAAAAAAACGAAAUAAUGCCCACAGCGACCAAUCAAGUCUAGUUUCAGAAUUUGAUCUUGGAAAACUUGUGGAAGAAGUCUCGGACAUUUUGUAUACUGGUCACCGGGCUCCUGAAAGACAACCUUUAGGGCAAAACAGCUCUUCACGCCUUACUACCGGGGAUCAGUUAUCCUCCAACGAUGAACAGCAAGACGAAAUGUCCCUCGUUAUACGCAUUGAACAACGUUGCUCGUGGAUGAUUCGCUCUCUCCCUGGGGCAUGGAGAAGGAUUGUGAUGAAUAUUCUUGGAAACUCUAUCAAGUGGACAAAGUCUGGUUUCGUCGAGGUAUCGUUAUUCCGUGCUAGGAACCAACCGAACUCUGAACGAGUGCUUGUUCAAUUUUCAGUCACCGAUACUGGAAGUGGCAUCGCACCUGACUUCCUCCGGCACAAACUCUUUUCACCUUUUGCCCAGGAGGACUCUCUGACAGAAGGUGUUGGACUGGGGCUUAGCAUUGUUCGACAGCUGGUCGCUUCUCUCGAAGGUCACAUCAACGUGAGAAGUGAGUUGGGUAUCGGGACUCAGGUGGAUGUCUUCAUCCCAGUCCAGUGCGUCGAACGCCCAGCUUCAAAUAUAGAGGCAGAUGCAGCCUUGACACGUCAAUCAGAAAUUGUGACACCUCCACUUCAAGCAAGUCUGAUCGCAUUCAAUGGGUAUCCCGACUUAAGAGAAACGCCAACUGGAACUUUAUCUUUGGAAGCAAAAAGAAGGCUUUCCGUUCAAAGCACCCUCGCAGACGUGUUCAUGUCUCAAUUUGGCUGGUCCAUCUCUAUGGCGGAGACGCUGAGCAAAGCUCGAGGAGAUGUUGCUGUUAUUGAAGAGUCUAUGCUUCAAAGUGAAACCGUAAACCCUGCAUCACUUAAGGAGUACGCUCAAAAGCACGGGCUCAAGUUUUUCAUCAUCCUUGGAAGCAAAAACCUUAUCUUCGAUGAUUCUCUUUCUACGAGCUUCGUCCUGAUUCCACAACCAUUUGGACCGCAGAAAAUUCGAAAUGCAGUGCAGAGAAUUUUGGAACUUCGAGCUACUCAACCCGAAGCUGAAGUCGAGCCAUCAGUUCCAACUACACCCUCCAAUCAAGAACCGCCGGUAGAUGAUGGAUCACGACCCCGUUCAAGUAGCGAAGAGGUGAAACUCUUAGUGGAAACUCGCCCUGAAAUCGUGCCUCUCGUCACUUUGCCGCAUAUGUUACCUUGUCAACAAACCAAAGCACCGACGACAAAGCAUGUCCUCGUUGUCGAUGAUAACGAUAUUAAUCUGAAGAUCAUGGCCACGUUUAUGCGAAAGAUCGGCUGUAGCUAUGAAACAGCCUCCAAUGGACUCAUCGCUCUCGAGAAGUACAAGGCAUCUCAACGGCCCUACGACUUCGUAUUAAUGGACAUAUCAAUGCCCAUUAUGGAUGGCCUCAUAUCCACCAGCAAGAUUCGCCAGUACGAAAAGGAAAAUAGCAUCCAGCCUGCCUGUAUUAUGGCCGUAACUGGUGUUGCCUCCGAUUCCAUGCAGCAGCAGGCUCUGGCUGCCGGGAUCAACGACUAUUUAAUCAAGCCCCUUUCUCUUCGUGAGUUGAAGAAAAUCAUGAAGAUUGCAUGA